AUGGACAAAAACAUUGGAGAGCAGCUUAACAAAGCUUAUGAAGCCUAUCGACAAGCAUGCAUGGAUAGGGACCAUGCUGUGAAAGAACUACAGCAAAAAACAGAAAACUACAUGCAGCAAAUACGUGAACAGCAGGAAAAGAUAGAGCUUCAAAACAGCAUUAUUGCAAAACUGAAAUCACAGUUAGCUGCUCUGAAUGCUAAUAGAGGUAACGCGCAACCCUACGUUCUGGUGCAUGAAGACAUUGAAACCUCCAACUUAUCUUUCAGCCAGCUUUCUGAAAAACUGAACGUAGCAAAGCAAAGAGAAAAACUUUUAAAGGAACAGUUAGAAAGUGAGAGCAUGAAAUUGAAGCAACUUGAGGACAAAACCAAUCAAAAGGAAAGGAAGCUUUUAUCUAUUAUUUCCAACCAAGAAGAUAAAAUAAGAACUCUGAAAAGCAAAUUGAAAGAAUUAAAUGAAGCACAAAAGGGUAUACAGAUGCCAGCGUAUAAAAGGGAGGUGAAAAGUAAGGAAGUUGUUCCAGAUAAGACUGAAUUAUCUCUAGGGAUCUCUGGUAUUUCACAUGUGCUUGAAAGGGAAAAUCUGGAGACUAUUUUCCAGGACAUGAAAGAAGAGUGUCACCAAAUAUGUAUGCUAGCCAGAGAACAAACAGACCAGCUAAGUAAAUUUAAGAUAAAGCCAGAACCUGAAACUGAAAUACAGUUUUCUAUGCCGAUACAGUGUACUGAUAAAACUGAUGAACAAGCAGAAGAGCUUUUUAAGCCUCGGGUUAUAAAGGAUAUAAAUAGAGGUGCAUCAUGCAUCACAUCUAUCACACCAAGAGGAGUGGGCCAAGAUGAGGACAACAACUCUGUAGAAUCACUUUCUAAAUUUAAUGUCAAGUUUCCACCUACAGACAAUGACUCUGCUUUCUUGCAGAGCACUCAGGAAAAACCAACAGUUCCUUGUACUGGUAUAGCUGAAAACAUGCUUCAAGAUCAUCAUUUUAACCUGGAGCACAGAGACCGUGCUGUUAACCUCAGUAAAUUGGAACCUAACUCAUUUGAAGCUCAUGGAGUUGAUCUCAUGACCUCAGCUUUGCAAAACUUAACUACUGUUGACAAAAUAAACCCCCCAAAUCAUGCAAACAUGCCCAUAGAAAAUACCCGUGACAAAACAUGUUUAAAAACAGACACUGAUUUCACAUUUGUACCUAAGCACACAAACCAGGGUGUACCUGAAGUAAUUUUUUCUUCUUUAGAAGCUGCUGGGACAACCGUCAGAGGUCCUCAUCAGCUCGUUUGGCAGCCUCGAGACAAUGAUUUGCUGGCACAAGCUUAUACAGACUCUGAACUGAAUCAGUGUGGAAUAUGUGAAUUCUGUCGAGAAGUUUUCCCACCAUCUAUAACAACUAAGGAAGAUUUUCUUCGGCAUCUGAAUUCCCACUUUAAAGUACAGUCUUAAUGUAUGAGAAUUCAAUGGAUCACUGGUUUUGCAUACAUUUGGGGUUUUUUAUUCAAUAGAUAUGUUAAGAAUUUAAGAAUUAAGACUUCUUGUAACAAGAACUCAUGACUGAAAUUAUU